CCAUCAAUCGAUAUCACGAGAGGGUGGUAGUAAAUAACUAUUACAAGACUUGAAAGCUUAGUUUACGAUCACAUCCUCUGACACUGAGCCUUUGCAGCCAAUAAAUGCUAAUGAAUAGCUGGAAACUACAAUCGAAAAUGCCAAAAACUACUUCUGUAAAMAAGAAUCGAAAUUCAAGAUAUGCCUGUUCUAGAUUAUAAGGACAUGAGCCUAUCUGUCUGGGAAAUUGUUACAUUAAAACUGCGCGUCACCCUUAGGGCUACAUCACUACUGCUAUUAUCUUAAUCUAUUUCAAAAGACGAGCUCUAUCAGCUGUUUGCACCGUUGUUAGAGCGUAGCGGUGUUGCUCUCUUCAAAAGUUUCUUUUUCUAAAUUUGGGGAAAGUAUUUAAGUGCCCGCCGUAGAAUCGAUACUAAUGAAGUUCACCUUAGAAACCUGACAUGUGUAUUCCGUUACAGGGCACUGAAAUGCAAACUAGCAGCUCAAGACCUGUUUUUACACGCUACAGCUGUCUUAACUGGCAAAUCUUUGAGGUUCUUUUUUUGGUAACAUCAUGACCCAUUAUGAAUUCCACUCGAGUUUGUGCGGAUAGUAGUAGUUUUGCGCUAGUUACGACUUGGUUUGUUGGUUUGUUGUUAACGGAUCGUGAGAAAACUAUUUGUGUAAUCUCAUUACACUUUCAGUAAGCUAAAAUCUGCCUCGACUUGAUGAAAUAGGYCAWCUACAGCCUGAGGUCAUUAGAUGCUUGUCCCAGGGGACGGUGAYUUGUCAUGUUAAGAUGAGAGGUUAAAUUGAAGAGAAAAACUAGCGACAUUAGCCCACCUCAGAACGAUACAAUCUCUUGCAAGCAAAAAARGAAACGGAUUGUAUGCCAAUAAUAUAUAACAUCUAUCUAGUAUUGACAGGAACAGCAAAACAUCUCAUAAAGAAUGCACAAUGUUGCGAACAAAGGUCAAGCCAACCAAGACUACAGCACCAGAAACACCAACAAAAAAUCAUGCAAAAACACAGCACAAACCWCCAACAACAUCCAGGAACGAUACACUCAAGGACGCAAUACCUCUACCGAAUCUUCCUUCAUCGGAACCAGAACAAGUCACAAUACAACCUAACAUCACAUACAUUGGAUUCAAAGACAAUGACAAUCAUGAGGAACGUGACAAGGAGGAAGAGUGCAACACCGUCGUGUCAACUGAAAAGACAAUGCGCARACCUAGUUUUUGUGUACUGUACACAUUUAUGACUCUAUUGUUGUUCUUUUGUAUUGGUAAUUCACUUCUUACUCUUUACUUGUAUCGUUCAUGUGGAUGUCAAGCAAGUACGAACACGAAAGGAAAUCGUACUACAAAAGAUGUUGUUCUCACGAUAAACGAGUUGGAACGAGAAGUAGUCCAAGUAAAGAGAACGACAGAGUACUUCAAGUCAAUUCAAAAAGGUGAACCAGGUCCACCAGGGCCUAAUGGACCACCAGGACCUYCAGGUCCACAGGGUAAAAACGGUCAACAAGGACCACGUGGCAUACAAGGUCUAAGCGGUAGUCCUGGGAAGAAAGGUUCUCAGGGAGAAAAGGGUUCUAUUGGUCAAACUGGACCUCAAGGUUUAGCAGGAAUWCAAGGCCCUCCUGGAAUUAAUGGUUCACAAGGUAUUCCAGGCAUUCAAGGAGCACUKGGCUCUACUGGCCCACGUGGKCCUCCAGGUUAUAAAGGAAUUCAGGGUCCUCCWGGAAUCAAUGGUUCACAAGGCAUUCCUGGUCCUAAAGGAGCACCUGGMUCUGACAGAACACCUGGGGACCCUGGACCUCCUGGUCCUCCUGGUCCUAAAGGAGAUAUGGGCACAGCUAAUUUCACUCUUUGUAAGCAUAUGCAAAAAAAAUCCACGACACAUGCUACWGGGAAAUCAGCAGAYGCUCAAGUAUCAUUAGUUGACAAYGCRCAUCCAGURAGUACAAAUAAUAGUCUAUGUUCUUGUUGUGGUAUUGUUGAGAUCAUUGCAGCAUAUAACAUUUAUAUUCUCUAGGGUUGGAAGAUACUAGGAGCUGCAUGUACAACAUUAUAUGGUAAAGAAUCUGAAUUCUAUACUGAGUUUGACCCAAGGAGAAGUCUGACAGCAUAUGUAUGCCAUUGUAAAGGAAGAUCUAGUUUAUUCAUUGACUCAAGUCGUGGUGGCAUGAAAUGUUUAAUACAUUAUUGGAUAUGCCCUAUCAUUACCUAAGAUUCCUCUUUGCUACUUUGUACCAGAUUUUGUUUUCUGUAUUUUUUUUUCAUCAAGCAAAACAAAUUKCAAAACUUCAGAGUGAAUUUGACUCAUUGUCUUCACC